AUGGAUAUGUUUAAAGACUAUAUUGACGUAUUUACAUCAUUAUAUCAACUCAAUACAAGAGAUGAAGGAGAAAUUUCGAAAUUAUAUGCUAUAAUAAAAAAAAUAUUGAUAGAAUUAAAUUUAUUUUCUCCAAAAGAUAUAAUUGAUGUUGUUAGUAAAGCUAUAAAAUACAAUAAUCGGUAUUACCGUUCAUAUUUAGCAUUGCUCAAACUUAUUUAUGAAGAAUAUCCUUUAACAAAAAAUAAAUACCUUGAUAAAUUUAUAAGCUAUAAUAUGCUUAAAGAAUAUGGAAUUGAUUUGCCUCAUAUUGCUACUCUGUGUUGUUCAGAAUCUGAAUGCUUAUUCGAUUUAUUUAAAGAAAAUACAAUUUACAAAGCAAUUCUGGAGGAUAAUAAAGAAUCAUUUAUAUUUUUCAUUGAGAACGAUGGAUUUAAUCCAAAGAAGAAUUUAAUUCAUUUUUUAUUUCCAGAUUCACAUCUUACAUUGCUUGAACUCUGUUGCUAUUAUGGGUCAGUUGGUUGUUUUAAGCUUCUCAGAACAAAAUUCAACUCUAAAAUUACUUCAUCAUGUUUAACAUAUUCUUUUUUAGGAGGAAAUCCAGAAAUAAUGAGUGAAUGUUUGAAAUAUCAAAAACCAAACAAAGAUUGCAUGAAAUAUGCAAUUAUUUCACACAAUAUUGAUUUUGUAACAUUUUUGGUUAAUGAAUUUAACAUCCAAAUCGAUUUAGAGCAUUGCGAAUAUUAUAACAAUCUUCAUGCAUAUUUAGUUUAUUUAGAUAAAACUAAUGAUAUUAACACAUGCUUCGUUUACUCUCCUGACUUUCGAUCCCUUUCACUCUGUAAAUAUUUUGUUUCAGUUGGUGUAGAUGUAAAUGCAAUAGUUGCUGAUGAGUUUGCCCUUUAUAGGGCAGUAAGAUAUUCUAAAGAUUUUGCAGAGUUUCUAAUUGCCAAUGGAGCAAAUGUUAAUGAAACUGUUAAUUCAACAAAACCAGCUCUUCAUAAUGCAAUCUUUUUUAGUAAUCUUGAAGUUGUAAAAUUGCUUAUUUCCAAUGGGGCUGAUGUAAAUGCAAAAAUUUUUGAUAAGCGCACUCCUGCUCAUGAAGCCUCAAAAUAUGGGCGUAAUACAGAGAUAUUGGAAUUUCUUUGCAUACAUGGUGCAGAUAUCAAUGCAAAAGAUAAACAAAAAAUAACUCCUCUUCAUUUAACUCUUCUAUUUCCUAAUUUAGCAAACGCAGAUGUUCUUUUAUACCAUGGAGCUAAUAUUGAAGCUCCAGACAGCUUUGGACAUACACCUAUUUUUUGGUGUUCUGAUAAAGAAUUUACAGAAUUUUUCAUUGCCCAUGGUGCAAAUAUCAACGCAAGAGAUGUAAAGGGUCAAUCACCUCUUCAAUAUGCGAUAAAAUGUAAUCGUAAUGAAAAAGCUGAAAUGCUAAUUUCUUAUGGGGCUGAUGUGAAUGCCCAAGACUUAAAAGGCAGGACUGCACUUCAUUAUGCAUCUAGAGCUAAAAAUAAAGAUAUGAUUAAGUAUCUAAUUUCGCAUGGCGCAGAUGUAAAUAUUAAAGAUAAUCAAGGUGCAUCUUACCUAGAUUAUAAAGUUAUUUAUAAGUAUUCAAAUCCUCGGGAUAUAUCUUCUGAUUAUGAAGCAUACCUUAAUGACGAAGAUGAAGAAGAAGAGGAAGAUGAAGAGGAAUAUGAAGAGGAUGAAGAUUUUUUCGAUUUUAGUGAAGAAAAUUCAUUAUUUUGGACGAUAGUAGCAAAGUCUUUGAAUAUUAAAGUUUAA